GUCAGUGAUAGAGGGGAGGAGAGGAGGAGAGGCGGCGGGUGUUCUGCCGAGGUGGACGUGGCGGGUCCGGCGGAGUUAGCUACAAGUGACGGGCAGCGGAGGCGAACCGAGGCGGAGAGCCACCCGGCCAUGAACCGGACCACCCGCAGGCUGGUCCCACUCAGCUGUGGCUGCUGACGUCUCCGUUGCCAUUGGAUACCAAGUGGAGGAUCUCAGGGACUCCCCACACCCCCCCACCCCCACCCCCCUCCUCCCUGCCCCCGGUCAGGACCAACAUCUCAGCAGCAGGGGGGAGCUGAGGAAGGCGAGGAAGAGGAGGAGGGUACUUCAGGGGUAAAAACGGGGCGUGGUGAGGAGGGUUAGCUCCACUCCUCGCCAUGACAGACUUGGAGGCCGAGUGUCUGAGUCUCGGCCUGCCGCCUGAGUGCGGCUCCCCUCCCCCACCGCUGGACCCCUCCCUGCAGACGGACUGCGGUUCGGGGCCCGCUGGUUCGGCCCCUGCUGCCACCCUGGCCCUCCUGUCCUCAGACUGCCCCACGCCCACGCUGAGCUCGCUGGCGGCGGAGAUCGCCGAGCCUCUGGUGAUGCUGCCGUGCGUGAAGAGCGAGCCGGAGGACGGGGACCUGGAACCCAUCCGGACCGUGGACCUGUCCGAGAUCCAGCCUCUGUCCACCGCCGAGCUGGGUCACGACCAGAUCAAGAUGGAGAUCAGCGGCUUGGACUACAUCAAGUCCGAGCAUCACAGUCACCAUGACAACCACCACCUGGGCCCGUUUCACCAUGGUGACAUUGCAGAGCUGGACUACAAGUCGCACUACGAGCCCAGCUCUGUGUUUGAUUACAUCUCCCAGGUCUCGGACACUCUGGACUACAUAAAGUCGGACCACCAUGUGGACCUGCAGUGUUACUACACCGAGCUCAGCUCCCUCAAGUCUGAGUACGCCGAGUCCAACAUCAUGUCCCCCCACCUGCAGCACAACGGCCUGGAAUCCAUCCACAUGGCCGAGCUCCGCACUGAGCUCAACAAGCUACGGCCCGAUGCCUUGCUCAUGGACGGCAUUGGCAAACUGGACCCUGAAUUUGGAGGGGGGGAUCUGUAUGAGCUGCAGCCCUCUGAGGUGGGCAAGGGGUCGGCGACGGGAGCAGGUGGGAGGAGUCUGGCGGUCACGACAAAAACCCAGAACCCGACGGUGAGGAAACCCCGGAACAUGCAGGGGGAGAAGCCGUUCUCCUGCGCUCAGUGUGGGAAGAACUUCAGCACGCUGGGAAACCUGAAAACCCACCAGCGCAUCCACACCGGAGAGCGUCCGUACACUUGCUCGCAGUGCGGCAAGAGCUUCGGCCAGGCGGGGAACCUGAAACGCCACCAGCUGAUCCACACAGGCCAGAAGCCCUACGUGUGCGCUCACUGUCCCAAAGGCUUCACCAAGGCCGAUGACCUGCGCUCGCACCAGCGUCUGCACACCGGCGAGCGGCCCUUCAUCUGCAGCACCUGCGGGAAGAGCUUCGGCCAGUCCAAGGAGCUAAAGGCGCACCAGCUGAGCCACACGGGCGAGCGUCCGUUCUGCUGCCAGCACUGCGGCAAGAGCUUCACCAAGGAGACCAGCUACCGCAACCACAUCCAGAUCCACACCGGCGAGAAGCCCUUCACCUGCUCGCAGUGCGGAAAGACUUUCAGCAACUCCGGCGUCCUAAAAACCCACGAGAAGAUCCACACGGGCGAGCGGCCGUUCGGCUGCACGCAGUGCGGCAAGAGCUUCGGCCGCCUCGGCCACCUGAAGGCGCACCAGCAGAUCCACACGGGGGAGCGGCCGUACGCCUGCCCCCACUGCGGGAAGACUUUCAGCCAGUCGGGCCACCUCAAAGCACACGAGCAGAUCCACAAACGCGAGCGGGCGGACACGGCCAGCACCAGCAGCGACGGCGGCAGCAGUGCCGUGGGCAGCGACAGCAGCUAAGAGCCGCUGUGACCUUUAACCUCCCGGAGAAACAAAUUCAGAGUCUAUCCCAACAGCUUCCAGGUGUGAGGCGGGUUCACCUGGACAGGUAACCAGUCCGUCAUAGGACCAACACGGAGACAACCAACCACUCACCUGGAGAGGAUCCAGAGCUAAGCUGUCAGUUUCAUGCUUCUCCUUUAUUAAAAACAAACACAUGGAGGUCACAUAGUUUCACUGGAAGGUUUUUGGAUCUGGACCAGCCAGCACUUGGUACCGAUCUAGAUACAGCUUUCCUCCUGAAUCUAUUCAUCAAGCGGUUCCGGUAAUGGUUCAGAACCAAACUUGGAACCAGUUCCUUCUGCAGAGACAUACUGGACCUGGUAUUCUGCGUUUGGUGAGGACAUUCAGACCUAAGAACCUACCAGUUCUUCUAAAGCAGAUCAGACCUGAUCUGGACCUACCAGCAGCUGGAUCAGAACCUUAAAGGCACAGUUUGUAUUGGUCUGUACAAGACCACUAAUCCACCAGAUGGUGCCCAAGGCUACGAUUUCUUCAUUCCAGUCUUACAGCUUCGGCCAGAGUUUUGAUCAGGCCCAGAUCAAGCCCGGAUGAUACCCAGAUCAGGCCCGGAUGAUACCCAGAUCAGGCCUGGAUUCGAUCCAGAUCAAUCCCUGUUUAGGCCUGGAUCAGGACUGGAGUCUUCUGAGUCGUUGAAGCACCAAGAACCGGGUCAGGAUUAGAGAUUCCGAUCAACACUUCAUGUCUGGUAUAAACAGGUCGGCAUCAAACAUGCGGAGCCGCUGAGACCCGAGUGGUACGCCCCAGAAAACGUCAUCAGAUGGUGGACCUGGUUCUCGCCGUGACCCCGAACAACAACAACAAUGGGGACCUGGUCCUCCUGAAGUCCUGAUCUGGAUCUGUCUCUGCAAACGAUAUUAAAAUGUACGUUUGA